CUGGCCCGAGCGCGUUGCAGGCGCUCGGCGUAGGGGGAGUCGGGUAGCAGCAUCCUCCCAGGCGCCGCUUUCGCGCGGCGGCGGCAGCGGGGGCUUUCUCUGCCUGGAUACCUCGUUGGCCAGCCGCGGCUCGUGCCGGGGGCGGGGCAGGCAGGAGAGCGCUGCGGACCCGGGCUCCUUUGCUGAGAGCUGUGCAUGCAGGGUCCUUCCGGGCCAAUCCGAAGCUACGGAGCGGCGGGGCUUGCCUGCGCUGCCCGCCCGGGCAUCCUCCCGGUGAUGGAAGAAGCAGUCGCCGCCGCUGCGGGGUCGCGCUGCACCCCAUCCGCCGCAGCCAGAGAGAUGGGAAGAUUCGCUGUGCAGAGGCCGAGAGCGAGAGAGCGAGAGCCGCUUUGCUUGGAGCUGGGUCGCGUAUAAGCCAUCCCUGCCGUCGCUUCUAGCCCGCUUCGCCCCCCAGAGCGAGGAAGGAAGCUGCGGUCCCGAGAGAGAGGAGGAGACGUCGCUGGAGCCGGGACGCGCCGGGUUCCACGGAGCGCGCAGCAAGGCUCCGGGCCCUGUGAAAGUUUCCCUUCCCGAGCUGCAGGGCGCCCGCUGCCGGGAAACUCUGCCCAGGGUUCGGGCUGCAGAGUCCCGCGGCUCCCUCGAAGGCGCGGGGACCCCCGGCAGAAAAGAGCAGGAGAGAAAUCGAGGAAGGAGUGACAGCCGGAUAGUCCUCCGGUGGGUGAUCCGGGGCCGCUCUGGGGCGCGCCCGCGGCUCCAGGUCCUUCUCGGAGCCGCUGCCAUGGGAGAGCCAGCCUUGGGCGCCAGGGACCAGCCGCCACUGCCGCCGCGCCCGCCUCGGAGCCGCGGCCCCAGACCCGGCGCCCGCAGCUGGCCCGCUGCGUCCCCUUCUCGGGCUGCAGGGCCGCCUCCGCCGCUUUGCCGGCCGGAGCUGUGCCUGUGAUGAGCCGCAGCUCGCUGCGAGCUCUGCCCCCGGGCGCGCUGCCCCGGCUGCUCCCGGCUGUGCCUGCCGCCGCGCCACGCGCCCUGCUCCCGCCGUGGCCCCGGCGCCCAGGACGCCGCUGGCCCGCGUCCCCGCUCGGAAUGAAGGUGUUCCGCAGGAAGGCGCUGGUGCUGUGCGCGGGCUAUGCACUGCUGCUGGUGCUUACCAUGCUCAACCUCCUGGACUACAAAUGGCACAAGGAGCCGCUGCAGCAGUGCAACCCCGACGGGCCGCUGGGUGCCGCGGCCGGGGCAGCUGGGGGCAGCUGGGGGCGCCCGGGGCCGCCUCCUGCGGUGCCACCCCGCUCUCACACCCGCUUGGACCCCCGCACUCCGUACCGCCCUCCCGCUGCCGCCGUCGGGGCAGCUCCCGCAGCCGCCGCGGGGGUGGUGGGGGCCGCGGCCCCUCCAGGCAAUGGCACUCGGGGCACCAGGGACGGCGGGGUCAAGCGGCAGCUGGUGUACGUGUUCACCACGUGGCGCUCGGGCUCGUCCUUCUUCGGCGAGCUCUUCAACCAGAACCCCGAGGUGUUCUUCCUCUACGAGCCAGUGUGGCACGUGUGGCAAAAACUGUACCCGGGGGACGCCGUUUCCCUGCAGGGGGCAGCGCGGGACAUGCUGAGCGCUCUCUAUCGCUGCGAUCUCUCCGUUUUCCAGUUGUAUAGCCCCGCGGGCAGUGGGGGGCGCAACCUUACUACUCUGGGCAUCUUCGGGGCAGCCACCAACAAAGUGGUGUGCUCGUCGCCACUCUGCCCCGCCUACCGUAAGGAGGUCGUAGGACUGGUGGACGACCGGGUGUGCAAGAAGUGUCCCCCUCAGCGCCUGGCACGCUUUGAGGAGGAGUGCCGCAAGUACCGCACGCUGGUCAUCAAGGGCGUGCGAGUCUUCGACGUGGCAGUUUUGGCGCCAUUGCUUCGAGACCCGGCCCUGGACCUCAAGGUCAUCCACCUGGUGCGUGAUCCCCGUGCGGUUGCCAGCUCACGCAUCCGCUCGCGCCACGGCCUCAUCCGUGAGAGUCUACAAGUGGUGCGCAGCCGGGACCCGCGAGCCCACCGAAUGCCCUUCCUAGAGGCCGCCGGCCACAAGCUGGGCGCCAAGAAGGAGGGUAUGGGCGGCCCCGCAGACUACCAUGCGCUGGGCGCUAUGGAGGUCAUCUGCAACAGCAUGGCCAAGACGCUGCAGACUGCCCUGCAGCCCCCCGACUGGCUGCAGGGCCACUACCUGGUGGUGCGGUACGAGGACCUGGUGGGAGACCCCAUUAAGACGCUACGGAGGGUGUACGACUUUGUGGGACUGCUGGUGAGUCCAGAAAUGGAGCAGUUUGCCCUGAACAUGACCAGUGGCUCGGGAUCCUCCUCCAAGCCAUUCGUGGUGUCCGCACGCAAUGCCACGCAGGCCGCCAACGCCUGGCGGACCGCACUCACCUUCCAGCAGAUAAAACAGGUGGAGGAGUUUUGCUACCAGCCCAUGGCCGUGUUGGGUUAUGAGCGGGUCAACAGCCCCGAGGAGGUCAAAGACCUCAGUAAGACCCUGCUUCGGAAGCCCCGGCUCUGAGAGAGGGUUUCCCAGGAGACACCCACGAAGAUAACUGUGAUGUGUUUAAACAAACAGCCCAGACCCAAACCGAGGUAGCCCACAUAUUCUACUAGAGAUAUAUAAUAUAAACAACCACGCAGGCACUAGCUGUCAAUGUUUUGAGUCAGUGAAUUUUAAGGAACAGACACACACACACACACACACACACACACACACACACACACAUCUCAGAAAAGGUAAGACUUGAAAGUUCUGACCAGUCGUCCCUCCUCUCCUGUCCCCUGCCUCUUUCCCUCUCUCCUUUCUCCUGUUUCUCACCCUCUCUCCCACCUGCCUUCCAUUUUGAAGUGGAAUGUUGAUGAAAUCUAGUUCCAGUAACCCAAAUCUUGUUUACAAAGUUUUCGUGGUAUCUGUGAACAUGUAAGAGUAAUCUGGACGUGGGUGGGGGGUGGGGUGGACAAAGGGGAAGUGGUCUAGGGACAAAAAGCCCCAAUGGGCAUGGUGAACUAAGGAGGCGUUCCUCUAAAGUAGACUUUUGUGUAAAAAGCAAAGGUUACAUGUGAGUAUUAAUAAAGAAGAUAAUAAAUAAUAUUCUUUUUUUUUUUUUUUUUUUAAUAUUUGCCUCCAAUGCUUCGGAUUUACCUGUGUUACUGGUCCCACAUAGCUUCAGGUAGAAUCUGCCUCUCCUCCCCCUCCCUCUCCUGAAGGACAGUUAACCAGGGAGAAACUUCUGGCUCUUUGAUAAUAACCGGGGAAUUGUUUUCUCACAUGUAAAUCACAGCCUGCCAGGUGUUCAGGAAUGGAACAAAUCUUCCGAUUCUACAGGCAAAACCAAGCCGGUCAGUGGAAGGAAAUGCACAGCUACUCUUCUGUUGAGCUCCAAGUACAGAAAGGAAGAAGUGAGCCCCUGAGGAUUCGAACACAUUUGCUUUUGAUUCCUACUGUAUUGAGUUAAGACAGGGAACCUGGAAGCUGAGACUAAUGUUUUUGUCCUGAGUUUGGCUUCGGGAAAAGGAUUGUUAAAAAGUGUGUAAUUUUAGAAAGUUCUGAAGAUUAGAACACAAGCCUCAAAAAUGAAUGUGAACAUACUGUUGGUGAUGGUAGCAACUUCUUCCGUUAGCAAAGUGACAGAAGUAUCUGUCUGGAGUGUUUUUCUGCCUUUGAUACAAAAGCAGAAAGGUUUUAUCUUCCCUUUUAGGAGUAAGGUCACUUACGGGCUUUUCCUCUUCUUCCUCGCUUCCCAUCCAAAUUAGUGAAAAAGAACAUGAAUUUGUAAUGGUUUACUUGGGGUGCCUGUGGGAUAUGUUGCUUUCUUUAUCAUGUUUCCUAAAAGGAAAUUCGCAAAGAAAACACAAGCUGCAGACGGUGUAAGGCUUCAGCCAAGAGCUUCUUUUAGAUUUGAAAAUGAAUUAUGGGAAAGAGGAAAUAAAAAUGGAUUAGUGUGUAGGAUUUUGAGAUUUGGUACUUUCCCAGGGAGAAAACCAUUGAAUUAUCCUGCAGUGAAUAUGAUAUUGCUAUGUCCUGAACCCACAUUGUACUGAAGCAUUCUGCAGAAUGUUGUAUUAGGAUAAGAAAUUAUGAAACCCAAAUAGGAACAAGAUGACAGUGUGGUUGUUUAUUACAUUAAAUACGGUACAAGUUCAAUAUCAUCAUGGUUUCAUUUUACUAUAAUUUAUUAUGAAACUUCUGAAAGCUGAUAUGUAUAGGUUAAAUCCCGAAAAUUUUAUUUUAGGGAAAAGACAACAAAGAAUAAUACAUACAUUAAAAAUACUUGAACACAAAGUGAUUCUCAAGUAUAAUUAUCAUUAUAGUGUGAGAUCUAACUACAUGGGCAAAAAUUCCAAGAUGAAAAAAUGCAUAGGUUUUUUUAUAAAAGGUACAUAUGGAAGUAGAUUUUAUAACAUAUUCUAGAAUGGUUAUUUUUUAAUUUACUAAAGUAGUUUCUAAUAUUGUGUUUAUUAAGUUAUAUUACAGCUGUAGCACAUUGAUCAUAUUGUUCAUGAUUUUUUUUGUGGUAGUGUGUAUGCUGAAUUAUCUUCAGCAGCAGCAGAAUAUUUGUAAGAGCUUUAAUUUAAGAAUACUUUAAAGCUAAAUGAACAAAAUAAAUAUUAAUGUUGGAUGACUGUAGAUGAAAAAGGGUUUAGCGGGAAAUUAAGAUAGCAUCAUUAAAAAGCAACCACUCUGAAUAAAAUAACCAUUUAAAAACAAAUUUCAUGUGGCAUUAGAAUCAGCUCUUAACAACCACAGUGAAAUUCAUGCCUAGUUCUUGAGCGAAGGAUUUUUAAGCAGUUGAAUUCAUUCUCCCAGGAUAUCCAAUGACUUGGAUUGCUUUCAAGUAGGAUGAUGAUGUUUUUGGAUCUUGUAUUUAAAAAAAUUAGAUACUAUGCAGAGCCUUAGCAGUCUGCAGAACAUUCAUGGCCUCUGUUCAGAUGGAAUACUAAGCUCACACCAACAGCUUCCCCCUCGCUCUGUUUGCAAAGGGUUUGUGCCUGUAAUUCCCUUGUUUUGUGGCAGCUGUAUUCUCUCCACUCUGCCACUCCUGGACUCUAUAAUUUGAAAGGUGAAUUGUUCCUGGAGAUUUGCACCUACCUGCCUUCUAUGAAAGCGAGAUGGGUGUUGUUCCUCCUAAGAGCUGAGAUAGUCAUAUCAGUGACAUUCAGCUUCUGCAGCUUUGAGGAGAGGAGCCUUUUUGGUGUUAACACGCUCCUGUCAGCCCCUGGUGCAAACAGACAUGGGCCACAACAAAUUGUAACAGAGCCUGUGACGGUUUUGGAGACUGCACAUGUGAAAGAGAUCCUUUCACGUUUCCCAACCUGGCGAAAUGUCCAUCAGCAGGAGGACACAUUCUUCAGAGCAGGUUAUUAGAGUGAGUUUUAUUUUAAGUCCUGCUCAGUUAAUAACACACUCCACUAACACCUUUGACUUUGGAAUGUCUGUGCUAAUUGGAAAGUUCUAUUUAGAAAAUAAAGCCCAGGCAGUGCAUUUAUUCAAGAAGUGUGAGUUUAGAACAGGGCAGAGGCACAGUGUGGGUGCUUGAGUUUCAGGAAGCUCAGAGCCACUCAAAGGCCUUAUUCAGACUGACCCAUGGGGACCUUGCAGGCAGGGGCUGGAGCAAACCUGGACCCUUCUGUGCCUGCCCACAGUGAGUGCUCGAUAAAUAUUUACUAAAGAAGUGAAGGAACUAGGUAGCUAUCAAAUUUUGAAAAUGCUCAGAGGGCAAGAGUUGAAGAAUGUGUUACCUGUUUGGGGACAGGGCCAGGCUCUUCAGUAAAGUUUGCUGAAGGAAUUGGGACCUAUUUUGAUGCAGGGAGUAAGCAAUAUCUUUAAGAUGUUCUGGGAGACUGUGCGUAGAUCAGUAUUUCCCACCGAUGAAUUAGAAACAAAAAGGCAGAAUUUAUGAAUGUGAAGAAGUGAAAGCUUCCAAAUAAGGACUUAGCUUUUUAAUAAUUGGCUUCCCAAUUGCACAAACAAUAUGCGGGCAGGGAUCAGAACAUACCUGCAGAACAAAUGUGUCCAGGUGCCUGGAAGGGGGCGGGGCUGUAACGUUGUUCAUUUUUGUUGAAGCCAUGUGAUAACAUACUGUUUUUGUGCUAUGAACGUGCAGACCGAAGGACUAUGAUGUGAAAUUUACCCCCAGCAGAAGAAUGGUUACUUUCAGGAAGCGUGUUCUAUUGUGGAUGCUGAAUGAGCCCAUGGCCGCCUAUCCCCAUGCGUCCCCUGCCAGUCAUGUGCAGGACUUUUAUUGCACACGGUAGAGUUGUGGCUGGAUGAUGGUGGUGGAUUUGAAAUUAAUGUGAAUUUGGGUGAGGCUAUUCUAUUAAUAU